AUGGAUAUGAACAUGGAACUGAUUCGCAAAACUGCGCUGAAAGUCAUCUCGCAGGUUGUCAAGGAAGGGAAGCUCCAACAGAACUCCUUGAAGGCCAUAAGAAGGAAUGUUGAAGAUGCCAUGGACUUGGCACAAGGUGCUCUCGACGAGGCACCAUACAAAUCUGCAGUCAAAGAUGUCGUCCAAGACUACAUUGCCACACAUGAUGAAGGUGCAUCAGCAGAGGAUGAAGAGAAAGAAUCAUCUAGACUGCUCAAGAACAAGAUGGUCAAGUCCUUUGCAGAUGCGGAACCCAAACCUACGAAGCCCCGCCAGUCUCGGCCGUCCGCUUCAAAUGCGAAGGUCGAUAAUAAUAGAAUUGCAAAGCAGGCGGCAAAGGGCAAGAAAAGCACUAGAUCGCCUUCCGUCGUUCCGACAUCCGAUGAGGAUGUGGAGGGCAAUCCCACAGCAAUAAAGCCGAAAGUUAUAAAGAGGUCCACUGGCCCAGUCAAACGCGUAGACAGCGAGAAUGAAGCUUCGGAAGCAGACGAGCCUGAACCGCCGGUGAAACGUCAGAGGACUACGACGCCCUCUAAAGAGGAACAAAUUGCCAUAUCGCCAUCAUCUCCUGUAGAUGGGCAAGAGACGUUGCAGCACAAAUCUUCGGAAGAUGAGCAGCAUCGUGGAGGCGAUGGUGAGAAGAGCGAGUCCGAGAUGUCGGUGCUGAUAGACGACGAGCUGCCUGUGCGGAAGCGCAAAAAGAAGGCGGAAACAAGCACGGGUGAGAAGGGUACAGGAGGUCGCAAACGGAAGGAGCCCGCCAAGGAGCUGUCCAAAGACGAGGAGACUAUCAAGCGUCUUAAAUCACUCGUGGUCGCUUGCGGCGUUCGCAAGGUGUGGUCUAAGGAGUUCAAAGACCUCGAUAAGCCCUCGGAUCAGAUCCGCCGCCUCCGCCAGAUCCUGACCGACCUGGGCAUGAGUAGAAGAAUGAGCAUGGAGCAAGCGAAAGCGAUCAAGGAGAAGCGGGAGUUUGAGAAGGAGCUCGAGGAUGUUCAAGAGUUUGCCCAGAAAUUUCAAUCCGCUGGUCGCCGCCACCGGUUAGAGAAAUCGACUGCAGCCAAAUCAGAACCUUUGGAUAGCUCCGACAUCGAAGUGGCGCCGAAGCGUCGUCCUACUGCAAGGCAGAGUAUCAUGGCAUUCCUAGGAGAUGAAGAGAGUGAAUGA